GUCACCAAGGUAGCAAACAGGUCCUCUAGUUUCAAAACAGAUGUUCAUCAGUUAAUUUUGUCCACAUCAGAAAAUACACAAAGAUCACAUGCUAAAGUUGCUGCACCUCCACAGCACUGUGAUGAAUGACAUCGAAAGGACAUAAUACUGAUAAGAAAUAACAAUUAGUGCUCAUGAAAAGAAACAGAGGAAACUAGCUCUGUUAUUUGUGGGAACAAAUGUACAUGGAUCGGAUUUCCAAAUUAAAUAAAACCAUGGGAGUUUGUUCAUAUGGUGUCCAUAAGUCAAGUAUUCAUAAUCAGGGAAUGGUCUAGACUUCCAAACCUUUAAGAUAUUUUCCUUCUCUAGUCUCCUGUAACCAGCCAAAAAAUUUGUUCAUCCACAAAAGGUGGAUUGCCAAAGAUUCUAUUUCCUUCCCCACCCACCAUUCAAGCCAUUUUACAUAUUGUUCAAUCCUUUCUUUUGCUUUCUACACCUACAACAUUAAUUUCUUCACUUAGCACUUGCUUCAUUCUCAUCAGCCACUAUUCUUCACCACAUCACAACUAUUUUCUUCCUUCCCUCUCCAAUUUAACCAGGCAAUUAAUGUCAUUCCAGACAUGUUAAUUCUGACAAAAUUUCAUCCAUCUAACUCAGUUCUCCUUUCCACAAAUGUAGCUUGACCUUCUGGAUAUACUCAGCGAUCUUCUCAGCGUUUAUCCUAAAUUCUAGUUCUCAGUAACCAAGAAAUAUACAUUAUUGCCCUUCAUAUUUCACCCCACCAUUAUGUAACCCCUCAUUAGAUUCACAAGUAUAUCCAGCAGUUCAAAGAGCAAAAUUAAACUAAUGAUUAACCUUAACUGUCACCACAUAAGGCUUUAUCUCUUCCGGGCACAUUCCAAUAUACCAAAGUUGUUCACUGUGCACAAUUAAAGAUUACCCCAAUACAAAAAUGCAUUUACUGCCAAUAACUGAUGGCUCUGGGCGGCACCCCAUUUCAGGAGCUAUGACGUUAGGCAGAGGAACACGUCAUACAAUUUCCACGGGCUUCCACAGCCUCGCUAUUCUAUUCUGUGCAUUACGAAGAAACUGUAAUUAUGUAAAAUUGCUAAAUCAUAACCUAUAGUACCUGAUAUCAAAGUUAAUAUGUUGCACACAUUUCCUAAUCCAGUUAAACUGGUCACCGCUAUUACACUGGAAAUAAUUUACUAAAGCACUUAAUUGUCUGGAAAAUGCGUUGGAGGGUCACGAAAAACACCAUUUUCCGAUUUAACUCUCCUCCCCGCCCCGUCGUCGAGUAAGUGUUUAAGGUUUAAACUCGGUUCUCAACUUCUCUGGGAUUGGGAUCAGAGUUGAAUCAGCUGCAAGAUGGAAGCCAGGAAUAACGAUGCAUCGCACAAGGAAGAGGAAUUCACAAAUCUGGCUCAUCUGAGAAAGUUCAGUGUAUUGAAUCCAGGCUGUUUUAAAAACGUAUCGUCACGUCAGUUUUUAAGCGUACUUCUCCGAUUACAAAUUAGUUUUUUUUAUAAGGGUCUCAAAGGCUGCUUUCUUUUCUGUUGCUCCAGCAAUUCAAAUAGUUAUCGAGAGGAGGCGCCAGAUCCCAUUUUCCCAGCCGUGGAGUGCGUUGCACUAACUUUGAAACACUCCGUGUACUACUUUUUAAAAAUAAGUACUUCCCCCGAAAUGGGACGAGUAGAGUAAAAUUGGAUUGAGUUUUAAUGUUAAAUAUAGUUGCUAAUAAGUUAAGGUGCGUGAAAUUGAAAAGAGAUGAAACUUCGUUCCUUUCGGUUCCAGACACUUGUAUCACAUUUGUUUUUUAAAAAAAAUCUCCCGCAGGACAUCAUGUGAUUUCCCAACAGAGAAAAAAAUUCCAGCAAUCUCUUCAAGAAAGGCCUUUUCGAAAAUGUAGCAGCAAUUUAGCAGCUUGGCUUGAAAGAGAAGUGUACAGUCUGCGCGUAAAUAUGCACAUUUUAUUUUGUUUUCCCAUCAAAAUCUUUACCAUCUUUUCCUUCUGCAUGCAAACGAGAGCCUCCCAAUCUCAUCCCUUUGAGAAAUAGCAGCCAACCUUGAUGCUUGAGAUUUCCGUUUACCUGAUUACAAUCACAUCCGAUUUGGUGGGUAUUAUUUGCAACAGCAGUGGCAGCGGCAGCUUUGAGCGCGGUUUGCAGUUUGCAGAAGCAUCCAGCUCCGGCCCCCGCAUCGGCUUCAUGUGCAGAGAGCAGCGGUUCGCAGGCGGCGCUGCCCCGGGGAAAGACGGCAGGAGCCCGGAGCCAGCGGAGAUAAUGUGACUGUACUAGCGGGGAGCAGAGCGAGCAGGGGCUGGAGGGGCAGAGGAGGAGGAGGAGGGGCAAAUACCCCGCCACCACGAAUUAACAACUUUUCAACUCGAGCAGCAAGAUAGAAGAAUGAAGUUUGGAGAAAUGUCCGCGACGGCUCAACAAAAAUGACCGAGCAAUCGCAUCCAGAUCAUGACAGCUACAUCGUACGUGUCAAUGCUGUGGUUAUGACCAGAGAUGACUCUGGAUGGUUACCACAGGAAGGAGGUGGGCUCAGUCGAGUUGGUGUCUGUAAGGCCAUUCAGCCAGAGGGGACUGGCAGAAGUGAGUUUCUCAUCCUUGGAGAACGACUUAAAGACAAACUGAUUGUACUGGAAUGUUUCUUGAAGAAAGACCUGGUGUAUACUAAACCGACACCCACGUUUCACCAUUGGAUGGUUGACAACAGAAAGUUUGGACUUACGUUUCACAGUCCUGCUGAUGCGCGAGCGUUUGAUCGAGGAGUGAGGAAAGCAAUUGAGGAUCUGACGGAAGGAUCAACCACAUCAUCUUCAACAAUUCAGAAUGAAGUGGAGGUUGGUGACGAUGAUGUUUUUACAGCUGCAACAGACAGUUCUUCAAACUCAUCGAACAGGAAGGAGCAGCCAGCAAGGGUGCUCACUCCCACAGUCAGUGACACUCACCGGCCCCUCUGUCCUCUGAGACACACGCUUGAUCAUUACAGCCCUGACCACUACCUCCUGGAACAGUCUGUGCCGAAGCAACGCCACGUCAGUUUUCGAGACGACGAAGAAGAAAUUGUCCGCAUUAAUCCACGAGAAAAAGCGUGGUUAAGGGAGAGAUAUGAGGACUACAGGUAUGCAGCAGUGCGUCCAAAAUACAACGACCAUGGCGACGUGGAUUCCUACGUACAUUUUGACAAAAGUGAUGCUUCAAAGCACGAUUACAAUUAUCCUUACGUAGAGAGCUCUGAUUUUGGAUUCGGUAAAGAUUUGAAAAGUGGUGUGGUGAAGACUCAGCCUAUGCCUUCAAAGUCGAAACUCCGCCGGAGGAUAGACGAGGGCGAAAGAUCGAGAUGCGUGUACUGCAGGGACAUGUUUAACCAUGAGGAAAACAGAAGGGGCCAAUGCCAAGACGCCCCGGAUCCUAUUCGAACCUGCAUCCGUCGAGCAAGCUGUAUGUGGUGUGCAGACAGCAUGCUGUAUCACUGCAUGUCUGAUCCAGAGGGAGAUUAUUCUGACCCUUGCUCGUGUGACACCAACGAUGAGAAGUUUUGCCUUCGUUGGCUGGCGUUGAUAGCCCUGUCAUUCUUCGCUCCCUGUAUGUGCUGUUACCUUCCCCUCCGAGCGUGCUACAAAUGCGGGGUGAUGUGCAGGUGUUGUGGUGGAAAACACAAAGCAGUUGGGUGACUUGUGUCUUUUUCUGCAGAACAUCAGUUCUUGAAGCACAUUUUUGGUCUGGAGAAUUCUGAUCGUAAGUUUGAUGCAGUUAAUGUCACCAGUCUCUCUGGAGUACGCUCAUCUCUGAAACUGCAAGCCCAUAGGUGACUGUGUCCUUCCAACGUUAAAUGGAACUAAUGAUAACAAGUAGACUUUUCUAUCAUGAAUAUAUAUAUAAGAAUGUCUCACAAUUGUUUAUAAUUUUUUUAAAAUCUAAAGCGGGUGAGAGCUGAAUUAUGUGUGUUGUGGUUUGGAGAUGUCAUGUGGAACCAGGGUGGGCAUUUGAUGGUUUGCUACACCAUGAUGUGCCAAGGUGUCCUGUCCUAGCUUGCCAACAGGAUGUAGCAUUAAACAAGUAAGCUGGCAUGAAUGGUUCCUGCUUGACCAAUUGAGACACUUCACCUGUAGUCGGGUAUCAUAUAUUACCUUUUUUUCAAAAAGAAAGUGUGCUAGUAAACUUGUACCACAACACAGUAUUGUCAUUACUGUAUGAAGCCAAAAUAAUGCUGCUUGUUAAUUGCACCUAAUUUCUCUUCAACACUCUGACACUUACUAAAAAUCUAACUGUAGGUAUCACCCUCUUCGGCACAGUUCUUAAAAUAAUAAUGAACUUGCUUUUGACUAAUCUCCAAACUCUAAAGCAAUUAUUGAAUAUCAAGAUGUAACACUUACCCCCACUCGUUUUUACUGUAAUGGUCAAGGAUAAAUUUGGUUUCUGUCAAAAUGUUGAAUUUUGAAAAACAGUAGAAAUGCUUUUCUAGUUAAGGGGUUCCUUGAGUAGAGUUCUCAUUUCAAUUGUCAAUACACUAACAUUUAUCUGAUAAUACUAUAUAGCCAAGCUCCCUGACUGCUUGGUCUCUUAUUUACACAGCCUUGUAGCCAGUACAAUCAGAGAGCACAAUGUUAGUUCACUACAUUUAGCAGGGUGACUGAAGUAUAAGACCCUUGCAUUCUAUUAGUUCCUAAUACUCUGGCCAUCUGAUUUCACUAACCUAGUUUGCUGGCCUCUGCCUUUUACAGUCUUUUCUCGAGUGAGCCACAGGGAGAGGUUACCACAGACUGCUCAGUCUUUUCUAUUACUUGUGCCAUUGAUUUGCACGUAAACCAAACCAAGGCCUAGCCAACUGUACUGUGUGGAUUUUGCAUGUGACUGGAAUUCCAAGUUUGACAGACAGUUUCGCAGAGCACUAGUGAGGAAAUACUGGGUCAAUUUCGGAAGAUCCAAGUUGACUUUUUUUUUGAAAAGCACAAAGUGUCCUAGACAAUAAGGAUUUUUGAAGCCUUACAAACUUGCAGUCACUGACUGUAAACACCAUGGGGUGGGGUGGGUAUUUGUGGGAUUUCCUUCAAAAUCUUAAUUGCUCAGGUUAAUAGGGGUAGUGCAUAAACCAUCAAGUAGAAAGCUUAUGCUUUGAAAGAAUAUUUUUGUAACACUGGGACUAGCCUUUUAUUUAUUUGAAAAGCAGCAGUUUUAGCUCAGCAGCAUGGUACAAUCUGGUCUAUUUUAGUUUAAGGCAGCUAGCAAACAGGUCUGUUGGAACUUGCCAUCCUGUUCAUGGUUAAUUACCGAUGGUUCACCAUUUGCCCCUUCUUCCAUUGUAUAACCAACAUGAGAUUUUAAAACAAGACUUCCAUGCCAAAAAAUGAGGGCUGCACGUGAGUCCGACAGGGUAAUCUGUUGACCAGUGCAUUAGUCAUUGUAUUCUGUUGCUGCAUCUGCAUUUUUUUUUGCUCAUUGAAUACUUCUGACACACAUGCAGCACAAAACUGCUUGCACAAUUGUAUCCUGUAUGCAUGGAUAAUGACAGAACUGAUUGAUUCAGUAUGCAUCACAAGUGAAAAUUGACAACUUCAUCUGGGCAUUAUUCUCCCAACACCAGUGUGAAAAGCAUUACAGCGAUGGCUGGCCCGAAAUAAUAACUGAGAACAUCUCGUGUAAAGGGAUUAUCACCCUGGUAUUUUAUGCGCACAGAAACUUCGCAAGUUGUGAUUUCAGUUUUAUUAAAAUCACCAUGUGGUCUUAACUACAUUGGAAUACAGCACAUAUAUGGGCUUAAUUCAACACUAAUAUUUCCGGAGACUUUGCAGUAAUCCAGCAGCUCACUGGUAUAACAUAGAUAAGGUGCCUCUACAUCUGACACCACAUGGACAUGCGAUUUGGAUUCAUCUGGUCAGUUUAGCUUCUUCCCACGCAUACACACUGUAAAUUUGUAAAUUGAGGUAUGCAGUCUAUGGUAAUGGAGCUGAGCUAGAGUUUUUUUUAAUAUAGCUCUCAUCUGUCAUCCACCCUGACGUUGAAUAGCGGUGGUAUUCCUCCCAAUCAGCUUUGCAAUACAAAAGACAAUUGUUGGGGUGGGGGGGGGGCACAGGGUGGUGGGUGAAAAACAAAUCAAAUUUAUUUUUGUAUCUGUGGUAAGAAAGUUAACCAAAAGCUGUUGUUUGUGCAGUCUUCAGCCAAUGCACACCUUAAAGGAUUAAAAGAAAGUGCCUCCACUAUCUUGUAUACUAAAAACCCUGUUGUAUUGAUUAUUAGUUUUUUUUUACAAUAAGCAUUUUUACCUCUGUAAAAAAACAAAUAUCAUGUAUGAUGUACAUUUUAGUUCUAUUUUUUUUAUUGUUUCUAAUGUAUGAUCAUGAUGUAGCCCUUGCUUUUCCAAUGUACUGUGUAAAUAUGAAUACAUCAUAUCAAAACUCCAAAAUAAUGACCUGACCAGUACAUAAUUCUUCUACAUUUAUGUCAUAUCUUAAAUAUGUACCUUGGCAGAUCAGAUGGCAAUAAAAUGAAAGGAACAUUGAUGUUCAAAACGCUG